AUGGACGUGGACGUGCGCAAUGCGGUAAAUCAGACUCAACGCUUCGCAUCCUUCACGGGCGUCACCAAGCCCAAACCCACUGACAAAUUCUUCCUCGUGAUGGGCAUGACAGGCUCGGGGAAAAGCACGUUCAUCGCGCGAUGCACGGGGGAAGAUGUCACUGUUGGCCAUGGGCUAUACUCAUGCACUAGUUCAAUCGAUCUCUUCGACUUCCAAUGCGAUGGCCACAAAGUCUACCUAAUCGACACGCCCGGGUUCAAUGAUACGAGCCGUUCCGACAUCGACACACUAAGCAUUCUCGCCACGUACCUCGGUGCUUCGUACGCAAAUGGCGUACGGAUCCAUGGCAUACUGAUGCUCCACCCCAUAUCUGACAACCGCAUAUCAGGGUCGACGAUGCGCAAUCUCGAUAUGAUGAAGGCGAUGUGUGGAUUCGAGACUUACUCCAAUCUUGCCAUCGCGACAACCAUGUGGUCUGAGCGAUCGUCCACUUAUGAACAGCGCGAAGCACAGCUCUUAUCGGACGAACGCUUUUUCGGUGACCUGGUUGCACGUGGGGCGAGGUUGUUUCGCCACAAUGAAAAGGGCCGGCCGGAUUAUUUGGCACAAGUUACAUCGGCGCAGCGCAUCGUGACACAUCUUAUCCAUCAAUCGGAAAAGUAUGCUCCUGCCGUACUGCAGUUGCAGCAUGAAGUCAUUGACCAGCAAAAGGUCAUUGGCCAGACAAAAGCGGGUAUUGUUCUCGCGGGAGAUCUAUAUAAGGCUCGACAGGCUCAUGAACGGGAGCUGCAAAAUUUAAAAGCAAAACUCGCGGCGGAAGUUGACCAGCGGAAUGCUGAACAUGCUGCUGCGAUACGGGAGCUCAAGGCGGAUUUGGAAAAGCAGAUGAAGAAAGCCGAGCAGGACAAACGAGCGCUCGAGAAGUCGAUGGCAGAUUUGCACAAUGACGAAGAACGGGCUUGGAGAAAGAGAAUCAAAACACUGGAAAAAAGGUUUCUGGAGGAUCUCGCGGCUAAAGAACAAGAGUUACAUGAUAUGGAAGAAUCACUUGCGGAGAUACGCAAGGACACGGCUCGACGCAUCAAAAGGUCGCAGCAGGUGACACUCCAAUUACAACGAUAUGAGGAAGACAUCGAGAAAGUUCGAGGAGAGGUUGUAGAGGCCCGUGAACUUCAUCAAAAGGUCAGUGGAGGAAGAAACUUAUUUAAUGGCGCGGCCAAUGGUAUUGCCUCGGGUAUUGCGGCUGGAGUUAUUUCUGCCGCUCUCGGCGGUGGAUUGCUUUGCACAGUAAUGUAG